UGUGUGUGUGUGUGUCCAGGCCCUUAUUUCUGCAAGACAAGGAACCAGCUGGCAAAUCUUACAAUUCUUGAAACAUAUGGUCAUCGUUUGCCUCGUUUCAACCCGGCUUAUGUAAAUGAAAGCAACGUAGAUGCACUGAAGUAUGGACAAGAAGUGAUCAGGUGGAGGACAGAGAGAAAGAGCACACACACACACACACACACACACACACACACACACACACACAUAGGAAAUGCAAAAUGCCUUAAAUAACAAACAUUUGUCACUUCAGAAAGUCCAAGUGCAGGUCAGUCUGCAGGUUUCAGAGUUAGUUGUGGGUGUAUGGGGUGGGCCGGGGUGGGCCCGGGUGGGCCUGAAUUGUUGAUCCAGUCCUAGACUGUGUGUGUGUAUCUGUGUUGUGUGCAUGGUGCCUUUUUUUGCGUGCAUGGUGCCUGAUUUGCAUUAGGAACAGAGCACUAUGUGUUGGUGUGUGUGUGUGUGUGUGUGUGUGUGUGUGUGUGUGUGUUAUACACAGAAACAGAGCGCAGUCUGAGAAGGAAGGUCGGUAGAGAGAUGUCUCGGGUGUUAAGUUCUCUCCUGUCGAUCCGUGAGAACGGCCUCGUCUUUAACCUGCUCGGCUCCGACUGCAGCGCGUCAGCUUGUGCCGUGGUGCAGUUAUACCUGGCAACUACGGCUGGUAAAGGAAAAACAUCCGAAUGGCAGUUUCACAGUUGUGGAGUGGUCUGUCUGGUGCAGGAUAAAAAAUUACAUUCAACAUUUAUACGGCUCUUUUGUGUGAAGAGGGCCAAGCUGCUCUGGGAACAGGAGCUGUAUACAUCGUUCACGUAUUCCACACCCUGCGCCUUUUUCCACACUUUCCCCGGUGAUGAAUGUUGGGCGGGGCUGAACUUUUCCGAUGAGGACGAGGCGAGCCGGUUCAACACAGCUGUACAGAACUGCAUCAGCGGCACUAAAGCGCGUCCCGUGUUCGUCCGGACUCACAGUCUGGACUCGGCCUCCGGAUGGCUGCUGAAGAACAAACUGAGCACCUGUCUGUCUCUCAGCCGGUCUGCGUCCCCUAAAGCUCCACCGCCUGUAGAGUCAGACGAGACCAGUACUCUUUCUCUGGCACAGAAGAAAGGACCCCUGCCACCCAUCCCUUAUAACAGCGACGCAGAGACGUCUGUUCCAUCUCACCAGGAUCAUCUUAAACAGAGGCAUUCGAUUCCACGCCCUCCGUCGUACCCAGCCCCCAACCUGAACAUGAAUCCAGCAGGAGUGAAGAAAAGUGCCAGCUUUUCACCGGGAGGAAAUUAUGCUUUUACCGUCUCGAAACAGGAAAGAAGCUUGCAUUUUACUGAUAACAUAUGAGCAGAAGCUUACGAUGAAGUUGAUGCACCGAAGAUGAUUUUCCCUGCUGCUGAAAAUUUACAACGAAGCACUUUGUAAUAAUUGGCCAGAUUUCGACCUGCAUUUGUUAUAUAUAUAUAUAUAUAUAAUAUAUAUAUAAAAAAAUUCAUUUCUUACUCCAUUAUGUGUUGACAUUUUAACUGAAUAUUCUUUCUUCUGUUGAAAAAAUCCAACACAUAGUCCAACACAUCACACUUCAGUGACAUCACCAUCCUCUUUUCCUCUGAAAACAGGGUUGAAUGUAUAUUACAGGCCUAUUCGUGAUGCCGAACCUGAAUUACAGUCAGACUGUGUUUUGUUUUGGAUGUUCAUGGACACAUGCAGAUGUGCAUAAUACCUGUUUUUGCUUUCAUCUCCUUUUAGUAUUACUUUUAAAUAAAAAAAUUGCUUUGCCUUUCUAUUUUAUUCUCUCACUUUUUUUUUUUUGAGUGACUUUAAUAAUCCAAAGUAAAUAAAAGUCAAAUGUAUAUA